AGAGAAUGUGUACUGUCAUUAGUGUCAAUAACAAUAAUUUCUAAAUUUAAGCGAAUAAUAAUUCUAUGGUAACAUAUAAAAUUUUUGAAAUGAGGAAUGAGGUCGCAUUAUAAAUGGUAGUGAAUUAAGUAUUACUAUUGUUAACAGUGUCUUAAAAUGGAAAGAUCUGGAGGUAUUCUUUCAGGAUUAAGUGCUCUAGUAGGCACUACAGAACCUGCUUUAAAAUUAUUGUUGACUCUUUUAGCUGGUUAUCCUCUAGCUUUAAUUCACAGAAAGUAUUUGUACAACAAAGAACGAAGUCUACACCAUCUAUUUUUCAUAACGUCAGGAUUCCUGUUAGGCUACUGGAAUUAUGGAGGAGCUAUUUUCCAUAGUGUUUUGGCAGCUUUCUUUACAUAUUGCACAUUAUCCAUUCUCAAAGGAACGAGCCUUAGUGUUGCAAUUGUAUUUCUUUUUAACAUAGGAUAUCUUCUUAUUGGUUACUUUUACACCAGUACAGAAAGUUAUGAUAUAACUUGGACGAUGCCGCAAUGUAUUAUAACUUUGAGGCUAAUAGGGGUUGCAUUUGAUUUAUACGAUGGUCACCAGCCAGUGGAAACAUUAUCAUCUGAUAGCAAGAAACUUGCUCUAGUCCAGAAACCCAGUAUAUUAGAAAUAUUUGGUCAUUCGUUCUUUCCGUCAGGAUUUUUAAUCGGACCUCAGUUUUCUAUGAAGAGAUAUUUAGAAUUUAUAGAUGGGCAUUAUAACACCAGGGACGGCCCUCCAGACAGCGUAGUAGCUGCGAUAAAACGAGGUGCUACUGGAGUUGCAUAUUUAACUAUAUUCCAAACGAUUGGAUCUUUUGUGUCGGAUGAUUAUAUGUUAUCUGACGAAUUUGCACAAACUUGCUUCUUCAAGAGAAUGCUUUUACUGGGUCUCUGGGGUAGAUAUACCCUCUACAAGUACAUAUCUUGCUGGCUUUUGACAGAAGGAGCAUGUAUUCUGUUUGGCAUUGCACAGAACGGAAAAGAUGAAAAAGGACAUGUCAAAUGGGAUGGAGUAGAAAAUAUUAAACUCUAUAUUUUUGAAAACACAACGGAAUUUAACCACUACAUCAAAUCUUUCAAUGUAAACACCAAUAACUGGAUCGCACACUAUAUUUAUAAAAGACUAAAGUUCUUGGGAAACAGACAGUUAAGUCAGUUGGCUUCACUUUUGUUCUUGGCCGUCUGGCAUGGUUUCCAUGAUGGAUAUUAUAUCUGUUUCCUCUUCGAAUUUAUGGUGAUAUAUAUGGAAAGAGAUAUAAAAUCAAUAGUGAAUUCGAACGACAGCCUCAAGAACUUCUUCGCUUUGCCACAACUUCAGCUACCUCUUCAGAUAAUCCUCAGGAUCUACACAUUCGUCUUUAUGGGCUGGUGUCUACUACCGUUCGCCUUUUUGAAGUUCAGCAAGUACUGGCAUGCCAUGGCAAACGUUAGUUAUGUGGGCAUAAUAUUAUUCGUAUUGUGGCCUUUUGUAUAUUCACCUCUAAUUAGAAUUGUGCUUAAAAAGAUGCGAACCAAAAGAACUGAGUAACGUAGCUUUAUAUAGACUUAGGUGGUGUGUUUGUACAAGUUUUGUGAUAAAGGAAAAGUAAUUUUUUAUAGUUUAAGGAACAAUUAAUCGCUCAAAGCCCACAAAAUAAAAUGUAUCACGAAAUAGCUUGAAAAUUUAAAAGUAGAGUAAUUCCACAACGA